AACACUUGUCUCCUACUUCUCUCGUUCGCUUUUCUCAUCUUAUUCUCCUAAUUUUCUUUCGUUUAAACCCUAACCCUAAUUUCCGCCUUCAUGUAAUAACAUAGAAUUCCUCACGAAAAAUAAAGAAAAAUGAUUCCUUUAGUUCCUGCCAUAUUUCUUCACGUCAUUUUCAUCUUCUUCGCGCUUGUCAACGGCGAGCAGGAGACUAUUUACGAUAUCCUAAAGGCCCAUGGGCUACCCACGGGGCUGCUUCCGAAGGGGAUAACCCGAUUUGAGUUCGACGAAACCGGCCGCUUCGAGGUUCAAUUGGAUCAAGCUUGUAAUGCUAUGUUUGAAUGCCAGUUUCGUUAUGAUAGGAAUGUUUCUGGGACUUUGAAGUACGGGCAGAUCGGGGCCUUGUCUGGGAUUUCUUCUCAAGAGUUGUUUCUUUGGUUCCAGGUCAAAGGGAUUUGGGUUGAUGUUCCUAGCUCGGGCCUCAUUUAUUUUGACGUCGGUGUCGUUUCUAAGCAGUUUUCAUUGUCUUGGUUCGAAACGCCGAGGGAUUGUAUGGCGAUUCAGGAUGAUUCUGAAUCUGGUGAUUCGAUUGGAGAUGGCAAGUUAUUAGCUGAAGCAGUCGCGAAGAGUCCACGUGCGAAACAUCGAUAUGAACUUGAUCAUGGAAGUUUUGGGAGGAACGAGAUCUAGAAAGUUAGAAAGACGAAAGAAGUUGUUCAAUAGCUCAAUCAGGUUAGCCUUGAAGUGUGUUCUGGGGCCUCGCCCUCCCCUGCCCCCACGUUGUAAAUUUUGGUCAGAAUGUCUGCUGUGGAUGGUCUUCACGUCUCCAUCCUGUGUGCUUUGCUUGCAUUUCUUUCCUUUAUUUUAUAUAGUGCCGAAUCGUCGACUUGCCAAGUCCAGCUGGCUUCUGUCUAUGCGAGGCGAGCUGUUGAGGAGAAAAUGGAAGAUUGAAGAGCUAUUUUAUUGAUGACCUUGGUUAGUUUACCUUAUGGAAGAUAAAAUGGAUAUGGGAGCAUUUGGUCGGCGGUUUCAGGUGAUAAAUUCUAUGGAAUUUAAUUCAUAUGUUAAAAUUUUCAUUUGUAAUAUGAAUAUAAGCAUGGUUAUUAAAUUGAGUCUCUUUUUUGUUGUAGUAAAAACAAUUAGAUUGAUGGGAACUCCUUCGUGAAUCAAUUGUGAUAUGAAAUUCAAUAAUAAACAUUUCUUGCUUCAUUUCCCUUA